AUGACGACUAAAGCUGCUCCCACAACAACCACUGUUUCCCUUACAACAACAACAGCUGUUGGUUUGAUUACAACAGUUGUGGCUACAACACCAGCCAUCCGCACAACAACCACAGCUGCUCCCACAACAACAACAGCCACAGCUCCGACAACCACAGCCAUCCUCACAACAACCACAUAUGCUCCCACAACAACCACAGCAAAUCCAACGACCACAACAGCUUCCUCUACAACAACGCCAGCUGCUCCAACAACUACAACAGCUUCCCCUACAACAACCACAGCUGUUCCCACAUCAACCACAGCUGCUACCAAAACAACCACAUCUGCAUCGACAACAACCACAGCUACAGCUCCGACACCCACAGCCAUCCCCACAACAACCACAGCUGCUCCCACAACAAACACAGAUGCCCCCACAACAACCACAUCUUCCCCGACAACAACUACAGCAGCUCCAACGACCACAACAGCUUCAUCUACAACAAUCACAGCUGCUCCAACAACAACCACUGCUGCUGCUAUGACAACAACAACGAUGACUACAACUGCUCCUACAACAACCACAGAUACACCAACAACAACAACAUCUUCACCGACAACAACUACAGCAUAUCCAACGACCAAAUCUGCUUCCUCUACAACAACUACAGCAGCUCCAACACCAACCACAAAUGCACCAACUACAACCACAGCCACAGCUCCGACAACCACAGCCAUCCUCACAACAAACACAGCUUCUCCCAUGACAACCACAGCAGAUCCAACGACCACAACAGCUUCCUCUACAACAAUGACAGCUGCUCCAACAACUACAACAUCUUCCCCUACAACAACCACAGCUGUUCCCACAACAACCACAGCUGCUACCACAACAACCACAGCUGCAUCGACAACAACCACAGCCACAGCUCAGACACCCACAGCCGUCUCCUCAUCCACCACAGCUUCUCCCAGAACAACAACAGAUGCACCCACAACAACCACAUCUUCUCCGACAACAAAUACAGCUAUUCCUACAACAACCACAGCUGCUGCUAUGACAACAACUUUUGUGGCUUCAACAACUAAAGCCGACCCCACAGCCACAACAGCUGCUCCCACAACAACAUCAACAACAUCAGAUGCUAUGAUAACAACAGCUGCGGCAACAACAACAACACCUUCUUCCACAACAACCACAGCUGCUGUUACAUACACCAACAACAACAACAUCUUCCCCGACAACAACUACAGCAGAUCCACCGACCACAACAGCUUCCUCUACAACAAAUGCACCCACACCAACCACAUUUUCUCUGAAAACAACUACAGCAGCUCCCACAACCACAACAGCUGCUGCUACACCAACCACAUCUGCACCAACAACAACCACAGCCACAGCUCCAACAACCACAGCCGUCCACACAACAACCACAGCUGCUCCCACAACAACCACAGAUGCACACACAAGAACCACAUCAUCUCCGAACAUAGCAGCUUCCUCUACAACAACCAAAGCCAGCCCCACAACAACCACAGUUGUUCCCAUAACAACCACAGAUGCACCCCCAACAACCACAUUCUCUCAGACAACUACAGCAGCUCCCAUAACCACAAGAGCUUCCCCGACAACAACCACAAGAGCUUCCCCUACAACGACCACAGCUGCACCCAUGACAAUCACAGCUGCUCCCACAUCAACUACAUCUGCACCGACAACAACCAUAGCCACACUGCUGCUAACAACAAAAACUGUGGUAACAACAACCGUACCUCUGCCCACAGCAACCACAGCUGCUGCAACAACAAUCACAGAUUCACCGACAACAACCACAUCUGCUCCCAAAACUACAGCAGCUUCUACAACCACAACAACUUCCAUGACAACAAACACAGCUGGUCCAACAGCGACCACAGCAGCAGCAAUGACGUCUACUGCUGGGGAUACAACAACCAUAGCUUCCCCCAAAACAAGCACAGCUGCUGCUACGACAAAUACCGCUAG